CUGGGGGAUUUUAGGGGACGCUCACGGUAUUGUCGGUACAUCUGGCGCCACCUGGCGUGAACACCGUAGGUUUGCAGUGAGAACUCUGAAGGAGUUGGCAUCAAGGUCAAAGUUGCUCGAGACCAAGGUCAACCAGGAGGUGUCACACGUCCUGGCGUCCAUUGAAAAGGAAGGGGGUUCGGGUUUUGACUGCAAGAGGAUGGUGUUCACUGCGGUGGCAAACGUCAUCAGCUCGGUUGUGUUUGGAAGGAGGUAUGAUUACAAUGAUCCCCUUUUUCUGAAGGUGCUCAACUGUAUGGAGGAGAAUGUCGCCAGCUUUGGCUCAGCUAGUAUCCUCAACAUCUUCCCUGUAGUCCGAUAUUUGCCAGGGGACAUCUUCAAGUUUAAGAAGAUUUUGGACAAUCUGGCGUUCACAGAACGCGAGUUUAUACAUCCCAUGAUCAAUGACCAUAUGGACUGCUACGACGAGGACAACAUACACGACUUCACCUCAGCAUAUAUAAAAGAGAUGCGACAUCAUGAAGGAGAGGGUACUACCAUGAGCAUUCCUGAUCUGCAGGCGUCGGUUCUUGAUCUAUUUGGAGCCGGCUCGGAGACGACAGCAACGCUCAUCCGCUGGGCCUUGGCAUUGUUCCUCAACUACCCGGACGUCCAAGACAAAUGUUUCAGAGAGAUUGAGGAAAACAUUGGUUCGAGCAGAAAACCAUCAAUGGCGGACAUACCCAACCUUCCCUACGUGGAAGCAACGAUCACUGAGCUGGCGCGUUAUGCCAAUAUCGUCCCCACUGGCGUCCCCCACGCUGUGUCCCGGGACUUUCACUUCCAGGAGUACACGUUUCCCGCUGACGUGAUGAUUCUGCCAAUCCUGGACUCCGUGCUGCACGACGAAGCAUUGUGGGGAGAUCCCUACAACUUCCGGCCGCAACGUUUUCUGGAUGAAGAUGGCCGGUUCGUUAAGAAGGACGAGUACAUACCUUUCUCACUAGGUCGCCGAGCUUGUCUGGGCGAGUCCCUGGCCCGCAUGGAGCUGUUUCUGUUCAUCGCAGGGAUGGUCCAGAGGUACCGGUUUGUGAGUGUGCCUGACGCUGUACCGUCCCUCAUCCCAGUGUGUGGAAUAGUUUUCUCUCCGAAACCAUUUCUUGUGAAAGCAGUUCCGCGUAUAUAACACACAUGUACCGUCAUUGAUUCAUUCUCAGGACAACCUGAAAUUUUGCAUUCGCAGGACGUGGACAGACGGUGUAUCAUUGAUGUCGUCUGUUGUUUCCGUAAGGGAUUAACAUAAAAUAUGUUCACUCCGAUAAGUAUACCCCGAUAGGUGAGUAUACCCCGAUAGGUGAGUAAAUUUACUCAAACGUUUAUCGGUGUCAAGAAAUUGUACGAUAUAAUUCUGGCAAAAUGAGGUCAAUCAUACAUCAAUUUCGCUAUGGAUUGUAAAUCAAUUGUAUCUACUGUCAACCACACCCUCAACGACCCCGAUCUUUGGUUUGUCGAUGUUAAAUAAUAAAAUACUCCAACCUGCAAGAAAGAUACGAGGCCACCAGGAACAGAACAGAUUGAACCUUA